AUGACUGCCAUGAGCUGUGCAUGUUGCUGGACAUGCCCAUGUUGCCCAGGUUGUAAAUGUUGUGGAUUCUGCAUCAAGUUUCGAGACUUUGUGAAUAAUAUAACCUCUGGCAGAUGCUGCUCUUGUUGGCUGUUCUUAUUUAGUGAUGAGCGGCAGUGGGACUGCUGUUUUUGCCCACAUCGUGAAGAUUCAAGGUGCCAGUGCUGCCACUGUUCAUGCUCGGAGAAUCCGAAUUGCCGCUGUUGCUGUUGCUCCUGUUCUACUAAUCGAAAUUGCAAGUGUUUGUGCUGUACAGAUGCAAAUACUGAGUGUCAGUGUUAUGACAGUAGAUGCUGCAGUUAUCUCUCCUAUUUGCCAUAUAGGCGUAAACAUAAACUGAAAAGACAAAGACUUGGAAGUGAUAUAUCAUUGGAGAAGGAUAUCUCAGCACAUGAUUUUGCCGAUCAGCUUAUAUGUCCUGUGUGCCAGAGGUUGUUUAUUCGCCCAUUUAUGUUGCCAUGCAAUCACUGUAUUUGUGAUAAGUGCAUCAUGAGGAGUCAAGCUGAAGCGGAGGUCACAGAAAACUUCUUCAUCAUUGUGUGCCCAUCUUGCAACAAAGCACAUUGCCUCCCAUUUUCUAGGAAAAUACAGCUGAGGGUUAAUUAUCUAAGGGCCAAAUUGGCCAGGAAGUAUAUGCGACGACAUGGUUUCCUAAGGUGGAGAUUUGAUAGAACACAUGUUCCAAUCUAUUGUCAACUUUGUGAUGAGCAACGCAAGGCCACCAAAAGAUGUAUAACAUGCCAACUGAAUUACUGUAAUAUUUGUUUGCGGAACUUUCAUCAAGAUGUCACCUAUCAAAACCAUAUCUAUGCCAAACUUAGUGACGUCUGGGAAGAAACAAACUGUAUGAUCCAUGGUGAUUCAUUGCUCACCAAAUACUGCCUUGAUGACCAUGAACUAGUUUGUGAAUAUUGCUGUGAUUCACAACACAAUGAUCAUGACACCGUUGCUUUGCCAGUAGCAUGUUCAAAAAUGGCUGCUGCAUUAUUCGCUGCUAUUGCUAAGUUUAAAAAAGUCCGUUAUAUAAUUGAUAAUGAUUUGAUGGAAAUUCUUGUGCUAAAAAAUAAUUUUAAGUCCUACAAAGAAACCAAAAGGAAGGAAAUUAGAAACGGUUUCAUCAAGCUGCGGGUCAUACUUCAAGAGCGAGAGAAAGAGUUAAUGGAGGCAGUAGAAAACAUUGAGAUUCAAAAACAGAAGGCUCUUUAUGAGUUUGCCGCAUACACAACAAGGAGAAUUCAGCAGAUGGAUAGCCUUAUGCAAUAUUCCAAGGAAGCUUUAAAGGAAACCAGCCAGUUUGCAUUCUUGCAGUCUGCAAAUGGCUUGGUACAAGAAAUCGAAGAUGCAAUUGCAAAUAUUUAUCAACCUAGCCCACAUCUCAGGGAAGAUCCUAUUAAAUAUCUUAAAGUGAACUUUGAGGAACUGGCAGAAAAUUUACAUAGCAUUUUCCCAUCACUUGCAAAUAAGCUCAAUUAUGACAAAAUGACCAAAUAUCCAUAUCCUUCUAGUUCUGAUGUGAUGAUUCCAAGGACUGUUUCCAGUGCACAUAUGCCAAACCCAUUAGGAUUGAAUCGAAGUCAGUCUUUAGCAUCCUUUGCUUCAUUGGAUGAUCAAGGCAUGAGCAGUGAAUUGUUCUUAAGGCCAAAAUCAUCACCACCUGAGAUGAAAAGUAAUAGAUUGUAUGCAAUUUGGAAUGCAUUACCAGAACAUUCAAGAACUGUGCAGAACUAUCAGAGUGGCAGUACUUUUUUCAAUCCAGAAAUACCUGGAGAACCUUCUACUGCAGUCCCUGGCCUUGUUGUUGUCUACCAAACACUUGUUUAUCCAACUAUUGCUAAGAUCUAUUGGACAUGUCCUACAGAAGAUGUAGAAAGCUUUGAGGUUGCUUAUUAUGAAGUUGUUGAUGAAGAUGCAAUUGAGAAUAUAGUUCAGCCACAACUGAUCGGUGUACUUACUGGGAUUGAACAACAGAAUCUAGAAAUACAUAACCUAACGCCUAAUACAGAAUAUCUCUUUAAAGUUCGAGCUGUGAAUGAAAAUGGACCAGGCGAAUGGAGUGAAAUUUGUAAGGUGGUGACUCCAGAUUUGCGUGCAAAAGUCAAAGGCAGAUGGGGACUGCUGAGAAAUGUUCAGGCUGCUUUCCAAAGACCAACCUCAACUACAACUUAAUGAACUAUUUUUAUAAGAGGAAACACAGAAGUAAGCUGUGGGAGAGAAAGCAAUUAUAUUUUCUCAUAUUCCAUUUAUUUUAUUCUCUGUUUUUAAACUGAAGAUAGCUUGCAGGCUACAAUCUGAGAGUAAACCCUUCA